GCAGUGUUGAAUAAAAAUACAUUUAAUUAAAUAAUAAAACGGCGUUAUUUAUUCGAAGUGUCACAGUGGCGACGAGGAGUAACAACAGCAGCGUAAAAAAAAGAGAAAACUUUGCUAUUGACGCAUCGUUACCAUCGCGAUAGUUUGAAUAGCGAGGAAAUCCCGCAGAGGCGGACGAUGAAAUCUGCAAAGGCAGAUUGAGAAAACCGCAGAGGCGGACAAAUAAACCGCAAAGGCGGAUGCUGAAAUCAGCAAAGGCAGGUUGAGGAAACCGCAGAGGCGGACAAAAAAACAAAAACAAAACCGCAGAGGCGCACGUCACUUUAGAGCAUGUAUAGACGGAAAGUCUAUAAAGAAAGACAAAGGUCAUCUGUAACUUCCAAAGGGAAAAUUUAAGCAAGUUUAACUGUGCUGUACAAAACUUUUUAUGAUGGAGAAGUGGGAUAUUCCCCAAUUUAAGUUGAAAUUGUUUCCCCAAAAUUUAGUCCGGAACGAAUGGGUCAAGUAUAAAAGAAAUAUUGACUACAUAAUCGCGGCGACAGGAGAAACUGAUCGCACACGGAUUAAGAACAUCUUUUUGGCAAAAGCUGGACCAGAAUUGCAAGAAAUCUUUACUUCCAUUCCUGGAGCAGAUGUACAGGAAGACCCCGAUAAAUCAAUCGAUCCAUUUGCAGUGGCAAUAAACAAGCUAGACGAGUAUUUUUCGCCGAAACAGCAUGAAACUUUUGAAAGAAACAUGUUUUGGACACUGAAACCAGAAACAGAGGAAACACUAGGAAAGUUUAUGCUUCGAUGUCAAACCCAAGCUGCGAAGUGCAACUUUGGUAGUAAUGCAGAAGAGAGUCGGGCUAUCAGCGUGGUUGACAAGGUGAUUCUAUACGCUCCGAGCGAUCUCAAGGAACAGCUGCUGCAAAAAGAUGUUUUGAAACUGGACGACGUUACCAAAAUUGUCAGCUCGUAUGAAUCGGUGAAACAGCAAGCGAAAUCGUUUAGUCUUCCAGGAACAAGUUUUUCUAGUGAUACCGAUUGCAUACCGUUAUCCAGUGUGAAUAAGAUUAAACACAUGACGAAUAGAGGGUGCACACGAUGCGGUCGAAGCGGCCACUUCGCAAAUGACUCUGCUUGCCCAGCAAGAUUGAAGGAAUGUAUAAAAUGUAAGCGAAUUGGACAUUUUGCCGCGCAAUGCCGAUCUCUACCUGCACUGAAGCAUAAACAGUUUCCAAAGCAAGAGUCAAAAUGGCAAAGUAAACGAUUCAAGUCACACCAAGUGAACGAGAUAGGAACAUCAGAUGACAAUGAAAGUAAAAACUUUCUGUUCAGUAUCAGCGAUGGAGGCGAGCUAAUUAGAAUCAAGCUGGGUGGAGUAGUACUGCAGGUGCUCGUGGACUCUGGGUGCAAGAAAAACAUAGUGGAUGAACAAUCUUGGAACUACAUCAAAGCGAAUUGGGCAAAGAUAUGGAACCAAACAAAGAACUGUGACGAGGUAUUUCUACCAUAUGGUGAAAAUGCGAAGCCGUUGACACUUUUGGGGAAAUGUAUCCAUAAAUGACAUUGGCAAGAUCCAUGAAACCAUAGCUACAUUUUAUGUGGUGGUCAACAGUGCUUAUUAGGCCGAGUCACUGCCACUGACUUGGGCGUCCUUUUUAUCGGUUUACCGAGUACUCAUGGAGUUAACGCAAUAAAAACCACGGGAGUUCAGCCAUUUCCCAAAAUUAAGGGUAUCCAGGUUAAAGUACCGAUCGAUGACUUUGUACAACCAGUAUGCCAACCACCAAGGCGGCCUCCCAUCGCCCUCAUGACGAAAAUUGAAGAUAAAUUGAUUUCGCUGUUGGCUAGUGAUAUCAUAGAGCGCGUUGAAGGUAGCAGUCCGUGGGUAUCUCCAUUGGUAACAGUGGUUAAAGAUAACGGGGAUCUUCGAUUAUGCGUUGACAUUCUUCUUCUUCUUCAAUGGCACUAACGUUCCUAGAGGAACUUCGCCGUCUCAACGUAGUAUUACUUGCGUCAUUUUUAUUAGUACUUAGUUGAGAUUUCUAUGCCAAAUAACACGCCUUGAAUGCAUUCUGAGUGACAAGCUCUAGAAUACGCGUGAUCACAGUGCAAGUCGGAGGAAAUUUCUUUGACGAAAAAUUCCACCGACCAGAACGGGAAUCGAACCCGAACACCCGGCAUGUUAGUUAUGACACUAACCACUCGGCCACGGGAGCACAAAAAAAUGCGUUGACAUGCGCAGAGCAAAUAUGGCCAUUGUGCGGGAACGACACAUAAUGCCAACAAUCGAAGAUUUCCUACCAAGAUUCACAUCUGCAAAGUGGUUUAGCCGGCUUGAUGUGAAAGAAGCAUUUCAUCAAGUGGAGCUUGAAAACGGAAGUCGUUACAUAACAACUUUUAUAACCCACAUGGGACUUUUUCGAUAUAAGCGUCUGAUGUACGGUAUAGCUUGUGCACCAGAGCUAUUUCAAAAAAUCCUUGAACAAAUUUUGAGCACUUUUAGCAAAAAUGUGGUUAAUUUUAUAGACGAUAUUCUGAUAUUUGCUAGCACAGAACAGGAACACGAUAGAGUACUCGACGCAGUGUUGUCAACGCUGAACAGAUAUGGAAAUCAGUUAAAUCUGUUAAAUCAGGGUAAAUGCGUGUUCAAAGUUUCGGAAUUAGAAUUCUUAGGACAUGUUAUAUCUCCUGACGGAAUCUGCCCUUCGAACAGUAAGGUUGAAUGUCUUCAAAAGUUUCGUGCUCCCAGCACCUCGGAAGAAGUUCGGAGCUUCCUGGGGUUAGUGACAUACAUUGGUCGGUUCCUACCGAAUUUGGCGACAAUAACUGCUCCACUCCGUGAACUGACUCAUUCUGGAGUCAAAUUUAUUUGGGGUGAAGAAUAACAAACAUCUUUCGAAAAGCUUAAGGAGCUGAUAGGCAAUGUGCAACACUUGCGAUUCUUCGACAACACUUUGCGGACCAGGGUUAUCGCUGAUGAUUCGCCGGUGGCGCUCGGAGCUGUUCUUUUACAGUUCAAAGGACCUACCGAUGAUGAUCCACGACCAAUUGCCUACGCCAGUAAAAGUCACACAACGACAGAGAAACGUUAUUGUCAGACCGAAAAAGUAGCUCUCGCGCUGGUCUGGGCAGUGGAGCGUUUUUCCGUAUAUCUUUUGGGGCGAAAGUUUGAAUUGGAAACCGAUCACAAACCAUUAGAAGCAAUUUUCAAACCGACGUCCAGGCCAUGCUCGCGGAUUGAACGAUGGGUGCUUAGGCUCCAGUCGUUUUCAUUUGUAGUUAAAUAUCGUAAAGGCAUCAAUAAUGUGGCGGAUCCGUUUUCAAGAUUGGUCGAGGAACAACCGCCAAAAGAGUUUGACGCUGAAAGCAAGUUUAUGGUGCUAGCAGUUCUGGAAUCAGCGGCGAUCGAUGUUCAGUUGCUUGAGGAGAUGUCUAGCGCUGACGCUACUUUGGGAGCCGUUAAGCAAUGCCUACGUACCGGAAAUUGGGAUAUACAAAAAAAAAUUGGGAUAUAAACCUUUCACUCCUUUCAAGAACGAAUUAGGAUUCAUCGGAGAUCUAGUAGUCAGAGGAAAUAAAUUAGUAGUACCAGAUUGUUUAAGACAACGCAUGCUAGAUUUGGCUCAUGAGGGCCACCCAGGUGAAUCAGUGAUGAAACGACGCCUGCGUGACCGUGUUUGGUGGCCUGGAAUGGACCGGGAUGCAGAGAAACAGGUUAAAGCAUGUGACGGAUGCAGACUGGUGAGUUUGCCUAAUAAACCAGAGUCGUCGUGAGAUGCCUUCGAAGCCAUGGAUUGAGGUGGCCGUAGAUUUUCUCGGCCCAUUACCUUGUGGAACCUAUUUACUUGUGAUUAUAGAUUACUACAGUCUACGUCUACGUCUACGUCUCCAAGGAGGUGGACUAACUGCGAAAGAAACCGUCGAAAGACUUGACCGAAUAUUUAGUCGACUCGGUUAUCCACAAACAAUCACUUUAGAUAACGCGAAGCAAUUUGUUGGAACUGAAUUAGAUGAGUACACCAAAAUUAAAGGAAUUACCCUCAGACACUCAACUCCAUAUUGGCCACAAGAAAAUGGAUUGGUUGAGCGUCAAAAUCGCUCCCUAUUGAAACGCCUUCAGAUCUGUCAUGCUCCCAGCAGGGAUUGGCGGCGGGAUCUCCGUGAAUAUUUGCUGAUGUACUACACCACGCCGCAUUCGAUCACGGGAAAAACUCCGACGGAACUGCUAUAUGGUAGAACCAUUAGAUCCAAAAUACCCACGCUGGAUGAUAUCGAGACAAUGCCCAUCAGCAGUGAAGCUCGUGACAGGGAUCUGGUUUUGAAGGAUAUAGGAAAACAAUCAGAAGACAUGCGGCGCCAUGCUAGGAAAUAUUCACUCGCAACAGGCGAUACUGUGCUUAUGCAGAACCUUUUGCCUGGUAAUAAGUUAUCAACGACGUUCAAUCCAAAGGAGUACGUUGUGAUGCAUCGCUCUGGACCGCGUGUUACCAUUGAAGAUCCAGCGACUGGCAAGUCGUACGAUCGCAAUAUUGCUCAUCUGAAAAAGGUGUCUGAGAAUGCGGAAGGAUUAACGGAAACGAAUCCAACAUCUGAGGAAGUCAACGAGAAUCACAAUGAUCCAUCACCCGAGUUUUUGCCAGAAUCUUCCAAUUCAGAAGGUGAAUUCAAUGGGUUUAACAUCGGGUUGAAUCAAUAUGAUGAGUCUAAUUCACUUCCUAAAAAACAACAGCGACGUGCUACGAAGAAGCCUUCUAGAUUUGCAGAUUACGUACCGUAAUAUACAUUUAUAAAAAAAGGGGAGAUGUGGUA